AUCAAUAGGGACGCGGGGGAAGGAGCAUGCAUUCCGCCUGGGCCGGCGCGGGGAGAGCCGGCCGCCGCACGCCCCCAGCGCCCCCCGAAACACCCCCCACCGACGGCUCCCCGCCGGCUGCCGGGGCUCCCCCUCCCGCGCUCCCUCUAAAGCGACGGCUUCCCUUCUCUGCUUUCUUAUGAACCCAGGAUGAGCAGCAAAGAAGACCCGAGCAAGUGCUGUCCUGCGGCUGCUCCCAUCUCCAGUUUCACCAUCCAGUCCAUCCUGGGCAGCGGCAGCGCCGACCCCCCCCGGGAAGCCGGUGACAGGGCUCCCGCCUGGCCCGCCCGCGCCCGGACCCUCUCCCUGUCCUCGGAGGACGAGGAGCCGGAGGAGAGCUGGAAGCACCGCGGCUGCUUCUGCCCCGAGGCUCAGGGCCCCGCCGAGGCGUGCCACAAGCACCAGCCCCUCAGCUUCACCUGUCUCGGCAGCGCCAAGGGGAGCGGAGCGGCGGCGGCGGGCAGCGGGGAGCGGGGGCCUUUCCUCUCGCCCUCCCAGCAGGACUGUAAGGACGAGAAGGAGAAGCCGCUGGGACCCUCCUCGCCUUCCUGCGGGGACCGGCAGCGAGACGGGGACCGGCAGGCCGGCGCCGCCAAGAAGAAGACGCGCACGGUGUUCAGCCGCUCGCAGGUCUAUCAGCUGGAGUCCACCUUCGACAUGAAGCGCUACCUGAGCAGCUCGGAGCGGGCCUGCCUGGCCUCCAGCCUGCAGCUCACCGAGACCCAGGUGAAGACCUGGUUCCAGAACCGCAGGAACAAGUGGAAACGGCAGCUCUCGGCCGAGCUGGAGGCGGCCAACAUGGCCCACGCCUCGGCGCAGACUCUGGUGGGGAUGCCGCUGGUGUUCAGAGACAAUUCCCUCCUCCGAGUGCCGGUGCCCCGCUCCAUCGCCUUCCCCGCCCCUCUCUACUACCCCGGCAGCAACCUCUCGGCCUUACCGCUCUACAACCUCUACAACAAGAUCGACUACUGAGCCCCGCGCCCGCCCCGUCGGGACCCGCACCGGGAGCGGGGCCGGGGCCGCCGCGGGGGCUCCGUGCGGGGUCUGGGGCCGCCCCCACG